UUCACGCACCUCGAGACGCGCCAUGUGGCUCACAGACUCUCAGAAAAUCGGCGUCGGCCUCACGUCCUUCGGCGCCUUCUUCAUGCUCCUCGGCGUCAUCAUGCUCUUCGACGGCGCCCUCAUCGCUCUCGGCAAUAUCCUGUUCGUGUGCGGGCUGCCGCUCAUCAUCGGACCGCGCAAGACGUGGUACUUCUUUGCGAGGCGGAACAAGUUGCGAGGGACGUUUGCGUUCGUCGGCGGCAUCCUCCUCGUGUUCCUCAAAUACCCUUUCUUCGGCGUCCUGAUCGAGAUGUUCGGGUUCCUGAACCUGUUUGGCGACUUCUUCCCGGUCGUGCUUUCCUUCAUGCGACAACUGCCCGUCAUUGGACACUUUUUGAGCGCGCCGGGCGUGCGGCAGGUGACGGAUCGGAUAUGCGGUGUGCGGAAGCAGAGCCCAGUGUGAGGAGGGAGACGGGCGGGAGCGAGAGCGUGUCGAGGUGCGGGAUGCAAGUGUGCGCGUGUGUGCUUCGACUCGCG